GCGGAGGCGGUGCCUCCACAGCUGUGCGGGGAAUGUGCAGAAUCCACGGGCACCGCCAUCGCCCCGUGCCCGAUCCCGACUCGCUGCCGGGGGGAUCCGCAGCCAUGGCGCAGAAAUCGGACUCCCGAGACUCGGAUAACAGCUGGGUGCUGACGGGCACUGAGGGGCUGCCUGUGGACACGGUGGGGCCGGAGCGGGAUUCAGCCUCCCAAGAUGACGAGAACGAAGAGGAAGGGGAGGAGGAAGGCGACCCGGAUGCCGGCACAGCUGACGGCACUGAGGAUGGAGCCGCGUCCCUGAGUGAAAAACAGCAUCCUGAGGUCGGGGAUGCAGAGGAACGCUCGGAUCCCGAUGCCGGCACAGAACUCCCUCCAUCCGGCCCUACAGAGCUCAGCACCGCGGGGAGCUGGGAGGAGGAAAAGCACAACGCUGAGCCCGGAGCGCGUGCUGAGGGCUGCACAGCAGGGCCGCUGCUGGAGGAGGGGAGCUGCACCAGCAGUGAUGACGACGUGGAGGGGCUGAGGCGACGGCAGGUCCAUCAGCCCCGUGCUGGGACCCCCCCUCCUGCCCCCAUCCCGCGCCGUGUGCUGCAAGAUGAAGGCAACGAGGAGGGGCUCAGUGCCAACAAACUGCUGCUGGGAGCGCUGGCGUUGGUGGCUGUGGCUCUGCUGAUCGUCACUGGUGGUUUCUACGACACGGCAGACGGUCCUGCGGAUGUGAUGAGCCACGAUGCAACAGACGUGGAGCAGGAAGCUGUGCCCGACAACGGCAGCGAUUCCCCACAGAAGCCCCCCCUGGACGGUGGGGACGUGCGCAGCAUGCAGUCCAUGAGCGUGCUGCUGGACCGCCUGGCCAAGGAGAACCAGGACAUCCGCCUGAUGCAGGCUGAGCUGCAGACCCACAAGGAGGAGCUGCAGGCGCUGCUGCAACAAAGCGAAGGUGCAGCAGCAGCAGCUGGGGAGCAGCAGCAGAGUUUGGCCAAGGAGAACGCCGAGCUCCGUGCAGCGCUGCAGCGUGAGGCCGAGGCACUGCGGGCUGCACGCGCUGAGCUGCAACGCCUGCAGGCCCGGGGGGGUCCCAGUGACCCCCAGCCCCACAAGGAGCAGCCUCACGGUCCCAGUUCUGCAGUGCAUGAGGAUGGGGCCCGGCAUGAGGCACGGCACCGUGGGCUGUUGGAGUCGGUGCAGCACGAGCUGGCAGCUGCCCUGCAGCGAGCGCAGGGUGCGGGGGGGCUGGAGGGGCUCAAAGAGGAGCUGAGGGAGCUGGAGGGGCGCCUGAGCCGGGAGCUGGGGGGAUCCGAGGGGGCUGAGGCGUUCCCUGGGCAUUGGAAAAAGGGGUUCAAGGCAGAAAAGAAGGAGAGGGGGUGGCACAAGAGGGACGGCCACCGCGAGCGGGGCAAAGCCCACGGCAAGGAGCACCACAGCAAGGAGCAUCAUGGCAAGGAGCACCACAGCAAGGAGCAUCACGGCAAGGAGCAUCACGGCAAGGAGCCCCGGCCCCACAGGGAGCACAGAGAGGGCAAACCAGGGGGGAAGUGGUCCCGUGGCCCCCAGGAACUGCCCCCCCUCAGCCAUUCCCGAGCCCCCCAGGGCUGCUCAGGGGUGACCGACUGUGCUCACAAAGAGGGCCGCGAGGCGCUGGGGGCUGCGCUGGAGCCCGUGCAGAAGUCGCAGUUCCUGCAGUUGCUGGAGGGCUUCAUGGAGAGGCUGGGCUGGGGGGGGCAUUUCAGGGGGGUGGCGGCGCGGUUGGACGGAGCCUUUGGGGCCGAUGGGGUUUUCGCUCACGACCGGCGGCGCUUCGUGGACUUCGUGGAGGAGGUGGAGGAGAUGCUGGAGGACGUGGCGCGGCGCGAGCGCGGCGAUGAGGAGGCGGCCGACGGCUUCGAGGAGUUCGUGCUGCAGCACUAUGCUGGCUCUGUUGGGAAGGAGCGUGGCCGCAAAUCCUGGAGGCAGCACGGAGGUGGCAGAUAGAGCCAUGAGGGGGGGGUCCCUGCUGACCCCCUCCCACCACCGCCAUGGGCUGUGUUUUGGGGGUCCAAGGGCUGCCAUGUGUGGCCCCCCCCUCCCUCCUUCCCCCCCCACUCUCCCCGAUUGAUGCACUGUGUGAUGCUGCUGCACUGCUAUAGAUGCAAUAAAGUCACCGCUGGGCUGA